AAAUGGAUCAGACCUCAUCCUGCAUGAGGUAUGUGUGGAUGUAUUUUUAACUUAAUCAAUCGUUGGUCCGUAAAUUCGUUUAAUAUAAAUAAAUAAAGCACUUUCUAACGAGUACGAAAAAUAAAAUAUAUUUUUCAAAAUGUAUUGGUUAAAAAUAUCUUUUAUCCUAUGUAUGUUUGGAUUGUUAAAAGACUUCAGGCCAUCCGAGUCAUUUGUAACUGAUUAUUUAACAGGACCAUGGAAGAAUUUUACUCAUGAACAAGUCAAUCAAGAAAUUUAUCCAGUUAGCACAUACAGUUAUUUUUUAACUCUAGUUAUUAUAUUUUUGAUAACAGAUUUUGUAAGAUAUAAGCCUAUUAUUAUAUUGUGUUCACUUUCUGGAAUGAUUGCAUUUCUUGUAUUGAUAUUUGGAAAAACUGUGCCAUUAGUUCAGAUCACUGAAUUCUUUUAUGGCCUGUUUCUUUCUUGCGAAGUGGCAUAUUAUACAUACAUAUAUGCAAAAGUUGAUAAGAAACACUAUCAAGAAGUGACAGGUCAUACAAAAGCGGCUUCGCUUGUUGGACGAUGUAUGGCUGGAAUUAUAGCACAAUUAACAGCUUCUUUUCAUAUAUUAGAUUUCCAUGAGUUGAAUUAUAUUACCAUUGCAGCGUUUGGUCUCGCCACGAUAUGGACAUUUUUUUUACCAUCCGUCGGUCAAUCGAUUUAUUUUCAUUCACCUAUUUACGAUCAAAAUAUUACAACCGCACCAGCGGAUACCGUGAAAUCAUCGGAAAGUGACGAUUGUUAUGAAUUCAAUCGUCAUAAACAAUCGAGAUAUAAUCAUGCAAAGGGAAAUGUUACCUCAAUGUCUUCUAAGCUGAAACAUGCCUACGUGUUAUUAUGGCAACAUUUUUUAAACGCUUAUACGCAUCUUCACAUUAUAAAAUGGUCCAUGUGGUGGGCAUUUUCAACUUGCGGCUAUUUGCAAAUAACUAAUUACGCCCAACUUUUAUGGCAAACGGCUGUUGAAUCAUAUGACGAUAUCUAUAACGGAGCGGUAGAUGCUUGUUAUGCAAUAAUAGGUGCUUCCACCGUUUUUGUCAUUUCUAAAAUACCAUUCAACUGGCCAGUGAUAGGAGAUGUAACAUUAACAUUAUUUGCCCUUAUAGAGGGUGGCUUAAUUAUAUUGUGUUCUUAUAAUUAUAAUAUUUGGGUAUUAUAUACUGCUUACAUAAUAUUUGGAGUGGUUUAUCACACUAUGGUCACUGUUGCAAGCUUCGAAGUUGCAAAAAAUAUAUCUGAAGAUAGCUACGGUUUAAUAUUUGGGACAAAUAUCUUUUUAGCACUAUUGUUCCAAAGUUUGUUAACAUUAAUAGUUAUUAAUGGAAAUCUUGGAGACACUAUUAGAUCUCAGUUUUUCAUUUAUGGCUGCUAUUACAUAAUUUUGGCUGUGAUAUUUUUAAUAAUAGCUAUAUUUACGAUUAUAACACGUUAUAAAAAUGGUGAUAAAUUUGAAAUAUGGUUAAAAAAUAAGAACAUUCAAAAGUCAAUAGAUAACAUCGAUAAUAAUGAAUCGUUUAAUACAAAUUCGACGGUAUCUAAAAAUGAUAUCUUAACUAUUCAAUCGGAAGAUAAGUAUUGCGUAAAUUAAUAAUUAUAAAGAAAUGUAUAAUAUCCUCCUUGUAUUAUUCUCGUACGUAUUAUUUGACAUAUUCAACAGACAAUUUAUUAAGAAUGAACUAUUUAUUAGGUUUAGUUAGAAAGACUUUGUUAUAAUAACGUAUAAUAGAAUAAUAUCUCUUUUUUAUGGUUUUUACUAUUAAAAGAAAGAAAAAAAAUAGUAAUAAAAAAUAAAAAAAAUAGAAAAGAAUAAAAAAACCCUUAACGUUGUCUUAAAACUUGUAGUAUGGAAUACGAAAAGAACAGUAUUUGUAUUUGUGAGAUAGUAAAAAAUAAACAUCCAUAGAAAAAUUGA